AGAAAAAAAAAAAAUUCAUAAUAAAUACAUUUCCCUUUGCUUUGAAAAAAACAUAGUAUGCAUACUCGUAUGUAUGUUUAUCACUUUAUAAGUAUGUAAGUAAAUAUGUGACAUACCUUUUCUUUUGCUUUGCUUUUUCACAUUGUAAAAAAGAAACCAAAUUUUUUUCCUCUCAUAUUUCUUUAAAUCCAAAGAUUCAUACUUUUAAAUUUUACAUACGAAAGAAAGGAAGAAAAAAAAAAAAAGCUGAAAAGUCGAAUUAACGAUAGUAAUAAGUUUAAGUGUUAACAUUUUGGUUAAAACUUUUUCCCAUUCUUCUUAUUCUUCGCACUCUUUGCUUCCCUUUUACAAAUAGAACGAAAAAAUGGGGUCCUCCAUCCAGCCAUCAAGAUUUUUAGAUAGUGCCGUGCUAUCCCUGUUUGCUAUGGUCAUUUCGGCAGCAUUCCUCUACAUGUUUUCAGAAUUUUACUUGUUAUCAUUCGAAGCUAAGUUACUUAACAACAAAGUAAGCAUGGUGUUGUCUCGUUUAUUUCCAUUCAAAGUAAGAAACGCGAAAAUGAAUAAUGAGAAAACCUUCGAGUACAACCUGACCCACAUAUUGCUCCUGACCAUAUGCAUAAUCAUCCUUAGCCUCAAGCCUGAUUAUAGCUUCCACAGCAAGCUCACCUUUAAGGAAUGCAAAAGAAGCCAAGGGAAGGAAGAUUCGCACAAAAUGGAUGACCUUGAUAGAAUGCAAAGAGACAAGAAAAAAUGAAUGCCAACUGAAACGUAACGACGCGACUACAUGGGGAAAACA